AUUUGUUUCACCCUGCACGCUGUGUUUCCCGAUUUCACUUCUCUCACCUCCCGUUUUCUUUGCAACUGGCCGUCUCGGUGAAACCGAUAUGAGCCGGGAACGAAGUCAGUGUUGCAUUCCAAUGUGGAAUGAGGUUUGGGAUUCCUGUGAGCGCUGGGGGUUCAAGCGGUCAGGCAACGAUGGAUUUUGUUGUUGCAUGCCGCCGUUUCUCAAAGCACUCGUGUGCACAUAGAAUCUGACAGCCGGCCACCACAUUGAGGCAUCAGGUGUGGGUGUUUGCAGCCAUGUCAGAAAUGUCAGUUCGGGAUCAAAAUGUUUUCAUGGCCAGACUUGCGGAGCAGGCCGAGCGCUAUGAGGACAUGGUUGAGUUUAUGAGGAGGGUGGCGCUUGUUCCGCAGGAGCUCAGCCUCGAUGAGCGCAACUUGCUGUCGGUGGCCUACAAGAACUCAGUGGGUGCCCGAAGACAAGCCUGGAGAGCGAUACACACCUACAUGCAAAAGAUGGCAUCUGACCAUGCAAUGGCUGAGAUUGCCGCUUACAGGCGCCGAGUUGAGGAUGAGCUGAAUGAGAAGUGCAACGAUAUCAUAAAGAUUCUGGACUCAGAUCUGGUGGAGAAAGCGGUGUCCAGCGAAGCAAAGGUUUUCUACCUCAAGAUGAGGGGUGAUUACUACCGCUAUCUUGCAGAGUUCACCGAUGGAAUUCAGAGAGAUCAAUAUGCCGGUGCGGCACAUGAGUCCUACCAGACGGCCAAUGAGCUUGCUGUGCCUCUGCCGCCAACACACCCGAUUCGCUUGGGAUUGGCGUUGAAUUUCUCUGUUUUCUACUACGAGGUCUACAAGUACACCGACAAGGCGUGCCAGUUGGCGAAGGAAGCCUUCGAGAAUGCGAUGGGUGAUCUCGACUCUUUGGAUGCGGAGCAGUACAAAGACAGUGCGGCUAUUAUGCAGCUCCUGCGAGACAAUCUGGCGCUGUGGCAGAAUGACUUGCCUGGCGAUGGCAAGGCUGAGCAGGACGGAACUCAGGUGGAGGACAUUUGAGCGAGAUGAGGCAGCAAUGCAGCAAUAGAGCAGCCUUGCUCAACGCAAGACCUGCCUUGGGUGAACCAUCAUAAAUGUUCGCAAUCCAACACCGAUCUGAAAGAGCAGACGGUGAAGAUGGCUGCGAAGACGGCUGUGAGAUUGGCGGAAGGGGGGUAAGGGAUUGCUUUGACAAUUUGCGGCCCACAAGUGUUGGGCAGUUGUUCCAACCAAUUUUUCCACUAUUGCUUGGGUUUCAAAAAGCUCCACAGCCUCUCUAAGCCUCAGCCUUCGGCUUCCUGCGGCUGAGGGCAAAUUAGCUGGUGCAGAGUUGGCAAAGAUGUAGCCAGUGUC